AUGAUUGCCAAGGCGACGCCCGCACUCAAUACGGUGCGCGGCUUCCAACAGACCCCCGUCACCUCCGGCGACGAGGACGAGGACGACUACGGCGUAUGCGCAACCCCGCCUCUCUCCUCCAAGAAGCGCGGUCGCCACCCCGCUCGCAUCGACGACGUUGUCAGCGCCAACUGCAGCCCGAACAUGCGCGGGGCCUCCUCCCCCGCUGUCUCCGGCAUCGCGAAGCUCCGCAUGCAGAUGGAGCCUCUCAGUCUGGACGCCUCCUCCCGAACGAGCACAUUGACUCUCAACGGUAGCAAUGGCCACGCCGCCCUCCCCAAGGGACUUGGCAUCAGCAGCGCUGUUAUGAGCCGCUGCGGCAGCCAGGACGGCAGCCAGAGCGAGGCCGGCAGCGAGCGCUCCGAAAGCGGCUCCACGAGCUAUGAGAUAAACCUGGAGCAUGACUACGUCGACGAGAGCGUUCGAGAGCGGACUGGGCAGAUCGUGCCCAUCGAGGGCAACAAAGACGUGCAGCGCAAGAUGACGGCCAACGACUUUGAGCCACUUCGCUGUCUGGGCAAGGGAACCUACGGUACCGUGCUGCUGGUCAAGCAGCGCAACACCGGCCGGCUCUACGCCCAGAAGCAGUUCAAAAAGGCCUCGUUGACCGUGCACAAGAAGCUCAUCGAACAGACCAAGACAGAGCGUCAGAUCCUCGAGUCGGUCAACCGACACCCCUUUGUCGUCAAGCUAUACUAUGCCUUCCAGGACCUUGAGAAGCUGUACCUGAUUCUCGAGUAUGGCCAGGGUGGCGAGCUCUUUACUCACCUGAGUACGGAGAAAAUGUUUGCCGAGCCAGUCGCUGCCUUCUACAUGGGAGAGAUGCUUUUGGCCAUCUCCCAUUUGCACAGCACCUUGGGUGUUGUGUACCGUGACCUGAAGCCCGAGAACUGCUUGUUGGACGCCGAGGGUCAUCUACUGCUCACCGACUUUGGUCUUUCCAAGGUUGCUAUCGAUACCUCCGAGGACCACUGCAACUCGAUGCUCGGGACGGUCGAGUACAUGGCUCCUGAGGUCAUCCAGGGUCAGAAGUAUGGAAAGGCGGUCGACUGGUGGUCCUUUGGCGCCCUUGGCUACGACUUGAUGACGGGCAACCCGCCCUUCCGUGGGGGUAACCACGCCAAGAUUCAGCAAAACAUCGUCAAACAGAAGCUCGUCAUGCCCUACUUCCUGAGCCCCGACGCCAAGGACCUCCUGACGCGCCUGCUCAGGAAGGAUCCCAAGAAGCGACUGGGUGCUAAUAUGCCCAAAGACCUCCAGACGAUGAAGGGCCACCGGUUUUUCAACAAGAUCAACUGGAAGAAGUUGGAGGCCAGAGAGGUCGAGCCGCCCAUCCAGCCCAUGAUCACGGAUCCCGAGCUCGCCGAGAACUUUGCUCCCGAGUUCACCGACUUGUCCCUGAGCCCUGUCAUCACGUCCAAGGACCCGUGGAGCGCCAUGUCGGCCAAGGAGGACGACCCCUUUGGCGGCUUCAGUUUUGUCGCGUCGAGUAGCAUGCUGGAGAGCCACGCGUUUCGAUUCUCCACUGAAGUUUAG